AUGGCGCUGCCGGGGCCGCCCCGUUCCUGCCUCCUGCUGACGGCCGCACUGCUGCCGCUGCUGCCCCCCGGGACUGCUCCGGGCCCCGCCGAGACGCCCGCGAUCAGCGACGCCGAGAUCGAGGAGUUCCUGAGGGGCUUCCUCGGGCCCGGGGGGAGAGGCGACGGGGAUGGGGACGGCACCGACCUGGGCUUCGGCACCGACCUGAGUGCUGCCCCCGACCUGGGCACCGGCACCGGCUCCUCGGGACCGGUGACAGAGCCUGGGAAACCCAAGAAGGGGAAGAAGGAAAAGCUUCCAAAACCUACCAAGAAACCCAAAGAGAGACCCCGCGGCUCCAAGAAGGACAAGGACAGAGACAGGGACAAGGGCAAGGACAAGCCUCCCAAGAAACCCAAGGAGAAGCCCCAAAAAAGCUCCGAGAAGCCCCCAAAAGGCUCCAAAAAGGCCAAGGAGAAGCCACCCAAGGCCUCCAAGAAACCUUCUGGUAAGAAGCCACCACAGCCACCCCCCAGCCCUGCUCCGGAGCCCCCCCGGGGCGAGGACACCACAGGGACAUCCUGGUCCCCAGAGCAGCCUCUGCCCUAUGAGAAGGAGGAGGACAGAGGUGCCCAAGAGGAGCUGGAAAAGUCACCAAGUGAACCCUGGCAGCUGGGUGAGGACUGGCACCCUGAGCCUGAGCCUGAGGUCCCCAAGGAGCCGGAGCCCCCCACACUGGACUACAAUGAGCAGCUGGAACGGGAGGACUACGAGGACUUCGACUACGUCCGGCGGCAGCAGAAGCCCCGAAAGCCGCCGAGCAGGAGACCGGAGAGAGUCUGGCCCCAGCCCGAGGAGCCACCAAAGCAGGAGGAGCCCCCAGCCCCACCCCAGCCCCCUCCUCUGCCCUUCCCAGUGACAGAAGGGGACUACGAGGAGGGCUUUGAGCCACCUGACUACGAUGACCUGGGGUACCCCCUGCCCCCCCCCCCAAAGCCCAGGAAACAUCCAGACAAAGGGGACAAGAUGGAGAUGGUCGAGGAGAAACUGAAACCUGGGAAGCCCAAGAAGGAUGGCAGCAGCAAGGAGGAGGAGGAUGAGGACCCCUGGGGAGAGGAGAAGGGUCGGGACCGCAAAGGAAAACACAAAAAAGGGGGGGGGAAGAAGCCAGGGACAGAUGAAGACGAAUGGACCCCCCCGGAGAAGAUAAGCUGUCCCCCCCUCGGCCUGGAGUCGCACCGCGUCGAGGACGACCAGCUGCUGGCCUCCUCCAUGCUGCGCCACGGGCUGGGUGCCCAGCGCGGCCGCCUCAACAUGCAAGCUGGCACCAACGAGGAGGAUUUCUUCGACGGAGCGUGGUGCGCGGAGGACGACAGCAGCCGAGCGCAGUGGCUGGAGGUGGACAGCAGGCGCAGCACCAAGUUCAGCGGCGUCGUCACCCAGGGCCGCGACUCCCAGAUCCAUGAGGACUUUGUCACAAGCUUCUACGUUGGCUUCAGCAACGACAGCCAGACCUGGGUGAUGUACAGCAACGGCUACGAGGAGAUGAAGUUCUACGGCAACGUGGACAAGGACACGCCGGUGCUGACCGAGUUCCCCGAGCCGGUGGUGGCUCGGUAUAUCCGCAUCUACCCACAGAGCUGGAACGGCAGCCUCUGCCUGCGCCUCGAGGUGCUGGGCUGCCCCCUCUCCGCCGUCAGCAGCUACUACACCCAGCAGAACGAAGUGACCUCCAGUGACAACCUGGAUUUCCGCCACCACAGCUACAAGGACAUGAGGCAGCUGAUGAAGGUGGUGAACGAGGAGUGCCCCAGCAUCAGCCGCAUCUACAGCCUGGGCAGGAGCUCACGGGGGCUGAAGAUCUAUGCCAUGGAGAUCUCUGACAACCCUGGCGAGCACGAGACAGGGGAGCCGGAGUUCCGCUACACGGCAGGGCUGCACGGCAACGAGGCGCUGGGCAGGGAGCUGCUGCUGCUGCUGAUGCAGUUCCUGUGCAAGGAGUACAGGGAUGGCAACCCCCGCGUCAGGAGCCUGGUGGCAGAGACCAGAAUCCACCUGGUGCCAGCCCUCAACCCCGAUGGCUACGAGCUGGCACGAGAGGCGGGCUCUGAGCUGGGCAACUGGGCACUGGGCCACUGGACGGAGGAGGGCUAUGACCUCUUUGAGAACUUCCCCGACCUGGCCUCAGCACUGUGGGCAGCAGAGGAGCGGAAGCUGGUGCCACACAAGUUCCCCAACCACCACCUCCCCAUCCCGGAGCACUACCUGGCUGAGGAUGCCACAGUGGCAGUGGAGACCCGAGCUGUCAUGGCAUGGAUGGACAAGAAUCCUUUUGUGCUGGGAGCCAACCUGCAGGGCGGGGAGAAGUUGGUGUCCUACCCCUUUGACACUGCCCACCCUGUCAAGGAGGUGCCAGCAGAUGCCCCUGGCUCCCUGGAUGACUACGAGGACAACCCCGAGCUGCAGGAGACCCCUGACCAUGCCAUCUUCCGCUGGCUUGCCAUCUCCUAUGCCUCUGCCCACCUCACCAUGACGGAGACCUUCCGGGGGGGCUGCCACACGCAGGACAUGACCAAUGCCAUGGGCAUCGUGCAGGGAGCCAAGUGGCACCCCCGGGCUGGCAGCAUGAACGACUUCAGCUACCUGCACACCAACUGCCUGGAGCUCUCCAUCUACCUGGGCUGUGACAAGUUCCCCCACGAGAGUGAGCUGCAGCAGGAGUGGGAGAACAACAAGGAGGCCCUGCUCACCUUCAUGGAGCAGGUCCAUCGGGGCAUCAAGGGCCUGGUGACAGACCAGCAAGGAGAACCCAUUGCCAACGCCACCAUUGUGGUGGGGGGCAUCAACCACAACGUCCUGACAGGCAGCGCUGGGGACUAUUGGCGCAUCCUGAACCCGGGCGAGUACCGCGUGUGGGCACGGGCGGAGGGCUUCAACCCCAGCGUCAAGACCUGCACUGUGCUCUACGACAUCGGCGCCACGCAGUGCAACUUCGUCCUGUCCCGCUCCAACUGGAAGCGCAUCCUGGAGAUCAUGGCCCUGAACCGGCAGCGGCCCCUGCGCACCCGGCAGCGGCUGCGCCAGCGCCUGCGGCUGCAGCGCCUGCGGCGCCUCAACGCCACCACCGCUGCCCCCACUGCCUCCCCCACACCCUCCACGGCUCUGCCCUUCAGCAGCACCACUGCCUAUGUGCCCUGGAGCCAGGAGCCACCCACGGCUGGCACCUGGGAGAUGGAGGUGGAGACGGAGGUGGUGACAGAGCUGGUGACCGAGACGGAGGCCUGGGAGGUGGGCACAGGGCUGGCACAGCCUCUCACCACAGCAGAGAGCUACACGGUCAACUUUGGGGACUAG